CGGACUCAUUGGUUGCAGCUGGGCCAUGGUGUUUGCUGCUGGAGGCUUCGAGGUGAAACUUUAUGAUAUUGGACAACAACAGCUAACAAGUGCUCUGGAAAACAUUCGCAAACAAAUGAAGGAGCUGGAGGAGUCGGGAUUCCUGAAAGGAGCUUUGAGUGCGGAGCAGCAGUUGGCUCUCAUUAGCAUCUGUACAGACCUGAAUGCAGCAGUAGAGGGUGCUACUUUCAUUCAGGAGUGUACUCCAGAGAACCUGGAACUGAAAAGGAAGAUUUUUGGUCAGUUAGAUCUUAUUGUUGAUGACAACGUUAUCCUGAGCAGCUCGACCUCUUGUCUCUUACCCAGCAAACUGUUCACUGGCCUGAAGCAUGUUAAGCAGUGUAUUGUGUCACAUCCUGUAAAUCCACCUUACUUUGUGCCCUUGGUUGAAAUUGUUCCUCAUCCAGAAACAGAUCCUUCUACUACAGAAAGAACAUAUGCCCUGAUGAAGAAGAUUGGUCAAUCUCCUGUCAAACUAAACAGAGAAAUUGAGGGGUUUGUUCUGAAUCGGCUCCAGUAUGCAGUGAUAAGUGAAGCCUGGAGACUUGUGGGUGAAGGAAUAAUAUCUCCUACUGAUCUAGACCUUGUGAUGUCUGAUGGACUGGGAAUGCGAUACGCAUUUAUCGGACCACUGGAAACCAUGCAUCUUAAUGCAAAUG